AUGGGUCAAAUACUUCACCUAAUCGUUCUUUUGAUUUCUCUUACAACUCCGGUAAUCGAAGCUCAGUCGUUUAAAACACUAGUUGCUCCCAUAACCCAAGUAAACCCUUCCACUUUUCUCUACACGAUCACUCUCAAUCGAAAAGAGAAACUUGUGAUAGAUCUUGAGUCACCAUUCUCGUGGCACCAUUGUCGUAAAGCAUUUCCCCGUGUUUCAUGCCAAGCGAAGCAAUGCACUGCUGCACGCGGACCAAACCAAACCCCAUGUCCUUCGCACAACCCUAGAACUCCAUGUUCGACCUUACCUUCAAACCCGGUUAACCAUUCAUACGCCUCAUCUCACUUAACCUACACCAAUGUUUCAACCGCGUUUACUGAUGGUCAUAAUCCCUUUGCACAAGCACACUACAAGAAGAUCUUCCUGUCAUGUGCCCCUAAGUUUCUAAUUAAGUCCCUUCCUAAGGGCACUUCUGGGUUUGCUAGCCUUUCUAAUGGAACUCUUUCUCUUGUAUCACAGUUUUCUACUUCAAAAGUGCCGAUAAAGUUCGGUAUGUGCCUCGGGGAUCAAGGAGUGGCCUUCUUUGGUGAAGGUCCCUUUUAUUUGUUACCUCCUCCUGGAAGGGAUGUAACCCAGUUGUUGAGUUAUACUCCACUUUUAAAGCACCCAUUUAGGGACACUUUAGGUCACUACAUUGGGUUCAAAGGUAUUUCCAUCAACGGACAAGCAGUCGAAUUCUCGAAGAAGAUGCUUCCGUUUGAUAAAUUAGUGAUGCUCAGCACGGUCACACCUUACACUAUACUUAAAAGUUACAUUUAUAGGGUUUUUCUUCGACAAUUUAAGAAGGCUACUCGUGGGAUUCCUCGAGUAACCAAGGUUGCUCCUUUUGGGUUGUGCUUGAAUACUAGCGAUUUAGGGUCUACACGGGUUGGAUUGCCCGUCCCUAAGAUCGAUUUGCAAUUGAUCAAAGGAGGGAAUUGGACGAUAUUUGGAGCAAACUCGAUGGUGCAAGUAUCCAAAGACGUGGCGUGCCUUGCGUUUGUUAAUGGUGGGAAGAAGGCUAAAAACGCGGUUGUGAUAGGGUCGUAUCAAAUGCAACAUAAUUUCUUACUCUUUGAUCUUGUUCGGUCUAGGCUCGGGUUUAGUUCUUUGUUAUUUUUCUUUCAAACUACAUGUAAUAACUUCAAUUUCACUUCUGGUGUGUGA